AUUCAGCAGGCGGCAAGUCGGCAUGACAAAAUCAUCGAGCCACUUCUCUCCCUAUCCAUUGACUUUUACGCGCGUGUUUUUGUGCGCGUUCGGACUAGCGCUUCUGGCGUGAAGCGAGUCGCGUCUCGCAUGGCCCUCGUCUACUCCUGCACUGGAUGCCAGUCAUUUUACCUCCAGCGUCUUGGCGCCGUCAGUGAGCGAGACGCCGCCGCCGCCGCCGGGAAGACCUUCACACCGGCGAGGGGACCGCCUGUGGAGGGCCGCGCGUGUCCCCAGUGCGGCAGUGCGUUCGCCAUCGCGGGACCCCUCUGGGCCGACGAGAUUCACGACCACGACUUCGUCCGAGGCGUCUUGCAGUCGCUCAAGGACCUCCCGGACAAACGCGACUCGAGCUGCGCACACAACAACAUGGUGGACUACUCGGCGGUGUCGGCCACCGCCCGCGCCAGGCGCGAUGUUGACGCCGAAAACUCCCUCUCAGACACCGGGGACAUUACCAGUUGA